CUUUAAAUCUAUGUAUAUUUUGAUUGGUCUUAUGCGAUAUUUUUGUCUUUGGAGGAUUCCACGUUCUUCUGUACCAUGGUUAGACACACGCCCUUCGACUUCAAAAUUUCAAUUCUCCACUUUGCCUUUAUGAGUAGUGCCUAAUUGUUUUUCAUAUUAACAUGCGUUCAUUUUAUUGGAAAUGAUUAGUGAAAAAAUAAUAAUUUUUGAUUGAUUCAUUUUUCUUCUUUUUUUAAAUUGAAUCAGAAUAUCUUCAAGAACAGGAUAAUCUCAGUUCUCCCGUUAUAAUGAGUGAAUUAACACCCCUCAAUGUCUCUGAAGGUGAAGAAAUUUACUUGACAGCUACAAUUAAAGGAAAUCCCCAACCAAAAGAUGUGACUUGGAAACACAAUGGAGAUAUACUUCAGCCAGACAGUACAGAUGCAGUCAUUUUUUAUACCCCAGAAACAGGAGUUUGUGAACUAACAAUAUCCGAAGCGUUUCCUGAAGAUUCUGGAAUUUAUUCUGUUGAGGCACAGAAUGAUCUUGGUAUGGCUAUCAGCCAAACGGAAGUAGUUGUAUUAGUAGAGGUAAGGACAGAUACAACUGUUUUGAAGUCAGGGGAUCGAACAGCAUUCACUGUUGAGGCUGCUUUAACCAUUGUCACUGAUGUUUCGGAUGUAGAAGAAGUUGUAGCAACAGUUGAGAGCUUAGAAGGGCAAAAACAAGACGCUUUUACAAACGUAGUGAAAACUGAGAAAAUAGAAAUGUAUUCACCUAUUGAAACACUGCCUGAAGUAGCACAGGCAGCGGUUUACGAGCAUGUAGCAGAAGAGACAGAAUACGAAAUAGGUCUAGAAGAACCCUUAGAAAUGGACGACACUGAAUUUUUACUUGAAGAAGGUGUAACUCCUACUCACGCCAUAGUCCUGGACGUCCUCAUACCUCACGAUUCGUUGAGUAUAGAUGAAACAACUGUAAGUGUAGAAGAAGCUGGAAAAGCCCCGUCAAUACCAAGCUUGACUGAAAUUUCACUCCAUGAUGUACCUCCAACAAUAAUUUCGGAUCUAAGCGUAGUAGAACUCACAGCUAUUGAAACAAAGGAGCAGACAAAAGUAGAAACAGCAUUCAUUACUGAAGAAAAGGAUCAAGCUGAAAUGGAAAAUAAUAUACUCAUUCAGCAAAUCCAAACAAAAACAAUUGAAAAUACGAAGGAAGGAGAAACAAUUCACCAGCAGGUGGUAGAAUCCGAGGACAGAGUGACUGCAAAGGCCGAGGAGGUUAUUGUACAAGAAGGGAAGGAGACAGUAUCACAGACGAUGGAGUGGUUGUCGGAGAGUGUUGGGGAAAUGCAGGAUUCCGACCGACCGGAGAGUGUGUGUGUUGUGGAGCAGCCGAUUGAGGCAGCCAUUGGAGUCAUGGAGAUGCCGACGAAGUUGGAGACGAUGGCGACCGCAGUGGAUGUGGCUGCAGAAGAAGAGGCGACAGUGCCGAUCUCGGUAGUGAGUGAAGGCGAGGCGGAGGUGGUGAGUGUUGAGAGCAAGAUAUCAGUGACGGAGGAGUUGGGAGCUGAGUUGGAACAGGUGACUUCGACCGUGGAAGAUUUGCUCCCACAUGUUGAGCCUGUUGCCUCGUCCACUUACGAACGCGUUGAUAGUGAAGCUGUGUCGCUGGAGGAGACGGUAUCUUAUGUGAGCCCGUUUGGUGAGGUGAAGAUGGAGACCGAGCUGGUCGGUGUCGAAGCAGGUGCUGAUGUUGCUGUCUCGUCGGUGAUGCCUUCCUUGUCUGACGUCGUCAGUGUCGAAGAAACUGCUUCUGAGCAGGUGGUAGAAUCCGAGGACAGAGUGACUGCAAAGGCCGAGGAGGUUAUUGUACAAGAAGGGAAGGAGACAGUAUCACAGACGAUGGAGUGGUUGUCGGAGAGUGUUGGGGAAAUGCAGGAUUCCGACCGACCGGAGAGUGUGUGUGUUGUGGAGCAGCCGAUUGAGGCAGCCAUUGGAGUCAUGGAGAUGCCGACGAAGUUGGAGACGAUGGCGACCGCAGUGGAUGUGGCUGCAGAAGAAGAGGCGACAGUGCCGAUCUCGGUAGUGAGUGAAGGCGAGGCGGAGGUGGUGAGUGUUGAGAGCAAGAUAUCAGUGACGGAGGAGUUGGGAGCUGAGUUGGAACAGGUGACUUCGACCGUGGAAGAUUUGCUCCCACAUGUUGAGCCUGUUGCCUCGUCCACUUACGAACGCGUUGAUAGUGAAGCUGUGUCGCUGGAGGAGACGGUAUCUUAUGUGAGCCCGUUUGGUGAGGUGAAGAUGGAGACCGAGCUGGUCGGUGUCGAAGCAGGUGCUGAUGUUGCUGUCUCGUCGGUGAUGCCUUCCUUGUCUGACGUCGUCAGUGUCGAAGAAACUGCUUCUGAGCAGGUGGUAGAAUCCGAGGACAGAGUGACUGCAAAGGCCGAGGAGGUUAUUGUACAAGAAGGGAAGGAGACAGUAUCACAGACGAUGGAGUGGUUGUCGGAGAGUGUUGAGGAAAUGCAGGAUUCCGACCGACCGGAGAGUGUGUGUGUUGUGGAGCAGCCGAUUGAGGCAGCCAUUGGAGUCAUGGAGAUGCCGACGAAGUUGGAGACGAUGGCGACCGCAGUGGAUGUGGCUGCAGAAGAAGAGGCGACAGUGCCGAUCUCGGUAGUGAGUGAAGGCGAGGCGGAGGUGGUGAGUGUUGAGAGCAAGAUAUCAGUGACGGAGGAGUUGGGAGCUGAGUUGGAACAGGUGACUUCGACCGUGGAAGAUUUGCUCCCACAUGUUGAGCCUGUUGCCUCGUCCACUUACGAACGCGUUGAUAGUGAAGCUGUGUCGCUGGAGGAGACGGUAUCUUAUGUGAGCCCGUUUGGUGAGGUGAAGAUGGAGACCGAGCUGGUCGGUGUCGAAGCAGGUGCUGAUGUUGCUGUCUCGUCGGUGAUGCCUUCCUUGUCUGACGUCGUCAGUGUCGAAGAAACUGCUUCUGAGGUGGUAGAAUCCGAGGACAGAGUGACUGCAAAGGCCGAGGAGGUUAUUGUACAAGAAGGGAAGGAGACAGUAUCACAGACGAUGGAGUGGUUGUCGGAGAGUGUUGAGGAAAUGCAGGAUUCCGACCGACCGGAGAGUGUGUGUGUUGUGGAGCAGCCGAUUGAGGCAGCCAUUGGAGUCAUGGAGAUGCCGACGAAGUUGGAGACGAUGGCGACCGCAGUGGAUGUGGCUGCAGAAGAAGAGGCGACAGUGCCGAUCUCGGUAGUGAGUGAAGGCGAGGCGGAGGUGGUGAGUGUUGAGAGCAAGAUAUCAGUGACGGAGGAGUUGGGAGCUGGAUGGAGGAGGUGACAUUGAGUGUGGAGCAGGUGUUGACUUCGACGGAGACAGUGACGGUGAUGGUGAGGAAGGAAGAAGACCUAGUGCAUGCUGAGGAGGUGAAGCAGUCAGUUUCGGAGACGAUGGAGUGGUUGUCGGAGAGUGUUGGGGAAAUGCAGGAUUCCGACCGACCGGAGAGUGUGUGUGUUGUGGAGCAGCCGAUUGAGGCAGCCAUUGGAGUCAUGGAGAUGCCGACGAAGUUGGAGACGAUGGCGACCGCAGUGGAUGUGGCUGCAGAAGAAGAGGCGACAGUGCCGAUCUCGGUAGUGAGUGAAGGCGAGGCGGAGGUGGUGAGUGUUGAGAGCAAGAUAUCAGUGACGGAGGAGUUGGGAGCUGAGUUGGAACAGGUGACUUCGACCGUGGAAGAUUUGCUCCCACAUGUUGAGCCUGUUGCCUCGUCCACUUACGAACGCGUUGAUAGUGAAGCUGUGUCGCUGGAGGAGACGGUAUCUUAUGUGAGCCCGUUUGGUGAGGUGAAGAUGGAGACCGAGCUGGUCGGUGUCGAAGCAGGUGCUGAUGUUGCUGUCUCGUCGGUGAUGCCUUCCUUGUCUGACGUCGUCAGUGUCGAAGAAACUGCUUCUGAGCAGGUGGUAGAAUCCGAGGACAGAGUGACUGCAAAGGCCGAGGAGGUUAUUGUAC